CUUCUGCAGCAAAAACUGGCUGCGAACGUCACCAUGAAUAAUGCGCCGGAACAUUCUGGCCUGGAGGCGCUGAAGCAGAAGGGCUUCACGUUUAUCAACUGCGAGCCGACCGUAUCAAAUGUAAAAAUGUCUGGGUCUGGAAGAAUGCAAGAUUUGUGAUGCAGGUUUUCCAUGACGCAUGAGGUCUGGAAUGCGAGACUCAGCAUGACAGAUUCUUUGAGGUGUCUAUCAUGCCUUUCCUGCAUGAGAAACUCCCUCUCAACUUGGUCAAAAGCGGACAGCUUUUGGCACUCACGCAACACAGAUCUUUGCAUCAUUUAGAUUUAGCAUGACAAGUUGCAUUCUUCCAGACCCAGACAUUUUUACAUUUGAUAGACCGAUUUCGACUUUGCCUCGAAAGAGAAAAUCAAGGACUUGCUAUCCCACGUCGAAAAAACUGUUUCACUGUGAUGAUUUUGCAAGAUCUGCAUCACAAGUUUGUUACACAUGACACUGAAAUAAAUUUGUCAUGUGCACUUCCAAAGGGAAAGCUAACACGAAAAUCCAACGCCUUGUAGGAGGUGUAGCAAGACAAAUCGUUCUGUGUUCGAUUUUCUGCAUCACAGGUUCACAGUCAAACAGUUUUUUCUUGCGAUACUUGCUCCUCUUGGUCGACUAUUCCCGGACGGGCUACCUGCAGGACGAUAUUUCGCACAGCGACUACCUUUGGGGGCUAAGUAAAGACCGGCGCGACGGGGCCACUUUGGGCGGCCGGCAGCGGCGGAAGGAGAUCACCUGCCUGGAAGACUCGACACAGACGCGCUCGGACCUUUCCCAGGGGAAGACGUUGACGCACCCCGAUUUGCAUAUCGAUUGGCGCAGGCGCGCAGCGAUGGACCGAAACAGCAAUCUGUAUCAGAAUUCCUGGUAUGACUUAUUACAAUGAAAAAUGCCCCCACCCCCGAACUUGGAAGCAUUUGUAUUGCAAAUCUUUCCAAAUGAAACAUUCGCCCUCUUGCGUGUAUCAGCAUCACAGAUUUUCGAUCGUGAAUAGCAAAAAUCUGUAUUGCAAAAGAUCCCAGCAAGAGCGGUGCUUGUCAUGCAAGCAAUGCGAAACACGACUAGAAUCUGCAUCAGAAAGAUUCGUACUCCUUUCAUGCAUGACAAAAAGCUUUCAUUUGGAAACUUCGCAUCACAAACUCUUGCAAUUUCAGGGGUGGGGGGCAUUUUUCACUGUGAUAUGACUACGCUUACGUGUGGCGCCACCCGCAGAAUUAUUUACGGGACGGCGUGACCUAUGGAUUGCAAAUAGCACUGGAUGUCUGGAAAGUUGGAACUUGUAAUGCUGUCUGCGGACGGUAAAAAUAUCUGUGUUGCAUGAGCAGCAAGAGGACUCAGUUCUUGGCACGCGGAGAGGGCAUAAUUUCUCAUGCGUGAUUUGCAUCAAGAAGCUCUCAAAAAAUCUGUGAUGGUACUAGCACCAGCAUCACAGACCUCACGGGUCAUGCAAAAUUUGCAUGACAAGCCCCGACUGCUCUUCCAGACAUCCAGGGAUUGUUGCAGUUGAUAUGACACAAGCGAAGCGUAAGGACCUGGAGGAGGAGUCGUACCUAGUGCUGCGCAUGGAGCAUUUGUUCGGUGCGGGUAACGGCAACCAGAACCUAGUGACGAUUGAACAGAGAGAAGACGUAGCGCAGAGCAUCGAGGAUUAUUCCGUCCUGCAAUCUCCCACUUCAGUCUGGCAGCGGACGAACGGCCACACGCCGCAGAUGUUGCGUGAUAUGAAGCGGCAGAUGAAGCAAGACCUGGAGAUCAACAUUGUGAAAUUUUUCACUCAGUGGAAGGCCCAGCACAAGAAGACCAACGAAGUCGAUUUCACCUCACGCCUCCCCGCGGGGGGUGCAUAUCACACAGAAAAAAGCUGGCAGGGCAUAUUUGUAAUGCAAAAAUAAAUACACAAAAGCGCCUGCGUUGCAUAUCCGAAGCAGCAUGCUAUGAGGCCACCCAUGACAAAUUUUUCUGCGUAUUCAUUUUUGCAUUACAAAUACCAGCCAUGCUCCGGCUACCGCCGGAGCGCAAGGCUGUUGUGGCGGGGCAGGACAAUGCGCGGGUCGGACCGCAGCGCCGGGUCUUUGGGCACAGCGUGACAGACCGGGGGAACUACUGGCGCCGGUUUGCGCCAUGUCAGCCCGCGCGGCCUCCCGCGCGCUUCCCGCGCCUGCUGGCGCUAUGCGCAGGGAGCAACUGCAACGAAGCCUGGGGGAGAAGAGAAGCCACCUCGACAUAGGUGCCGAAGGAAGCAGAACGGGGGCCGCGCUGCCCUUUUUUGAUCACCAUCCCGCCCCCGCCCUAUUUGCCUCCCGGCGGAAAUGGUUGGCACGAGAGGGGGGCGCGAGAGGGUAGCGCGAGAGGGUGGCGCGAGAGGGUGGCGCGAGAGGGUGCGCGAGAGGGUGCGCGAGAGGGUAGCGCGAGAGGGUGCGGGCCUGCGCGAUGAAAAGGCCCAAACAAAACCGGCCGCGUGCCGGGCGGAUUCGGGGUUUUCUGACCCUCUCGCAGACCCUCUUUUUGACCUCUCCCGAGAGGUGUUGCUAAUAAUCCGGCUAUACUCGCCGGUAGAGGUCUACAGAGGUGGCCGAGAGGUGGCUCAGAGGGUGCGCGAGAGGUUCGCCCUUAUUCGCGCAACCUCUCGGCACCUCUGUCCACCUCUCGCUUACCCUCUCUGGACCCUCUCGGCCCCCUCUGGUCCCUAUAGGCGCGGCUUUAGGGCGAGCCCUUCGGCGGGCUAUACUCGCGCACCCUCUCGGCCACCCUCUCGAAUGACCUCCCGCGCCACCUCUCCACCUCUGUCGACCUCUUUUUGACCUCUGUCGACCUCUUUUUUACCUCUCGGCCACCUCUCUUCCACCCUCUGUAGACCUCUACUUUUGCAUGAAUAUAAUAGAUAGUAAUGCCCUGCCAGCUUUUUUCUCUUGGAUAGUGCAGGCGGCGUGGCCGGGCCGUGGAAGAUGGUCAACUGCGAGUUUAUAUCCUGAGCAACAGCGUCGGCGUCCCCAGAGUUGUCAUGCAAUUCUGCAUGCCGAAGAUGUUUCUCAUGUGAAGCCCCAUGACAAGCAUUGUUUUGUCGUGUUUCGGAAUUUGUCAUGCUCCAAUCAGCAUGAUAUACUAGAUCUGUGAUGCUGCUGAGCCAGCUCAAACAGCACUACACUACGAGUCCAAAUCUGUCAUGCAAAACAGCCAAAGCUUGUGGAUUUGUUUAGCCGAGUUCCCAUCUUGACUCUGGUGUGUGGGCCCCGUUUUUACAUAGGAUAGUUUACCAGCCCGAAGUCGAAGCCGCGGGCGGCCCUGCAGCUCCCGGUCGCGCACGUGCGGGCCGCGACCGACAACGCGGCACCGCCAACCCCCUUGCCGUUGCAGACGCCGAUCACCAACCUGAUGGUGGUAGCGGACUUCCAGGUAUGGAUUGCAAAAAUGUCUGGGUCUGGAAGAUUGCCAGAUUUGUCAUGCAGGUUUUCUAUGAGCCAUGAGGUCUGGUAUGUAGGACUUAGCAUGACAGAUUCUGCGAGACUUUUCUAAUGCCUAUCCUGCAUGAGAAAUCCCCUCCCAACUUGGCCGAAAGUGGGCAGCUUUUGGCACUCAUGCAACACAGAUUUUUGCAUGAUCCAGAUUUAGCAUGACAAGUUGCAUCAAUCUUCCAGACCCAGACAUUUUUGCAAUCCAUACCAGGAUCCGGCACGCAAAGUCCUGUACUGUUUCCACUCCAACGCAGCCCUGCGGAAGGCUUUGUACCAGCGGAAACGAAACCCGAAUAGUGUGCGGGCCAACGUUGCUGGGGAAAACCUGCAGCUGAAAAACUUCGUGGUGCUCCAAAAUGCGCAGAUGGUGCUUCCGCAGGCUGACCUCCGCCAAACCCUGACGAACGGAGCCAUCCCCCGCGACAUUCCGGGCCUCCUCGCGAGGACUGUCGUGCCCAAUCGCGGAAUAUGAAUUGCAAAAAUCCCUGGAUGUCUGGAAGAUUGCAACUUGUCAUGCUAACUCUGGACGGUAAAAAAAUCUGUAUUGCAUGACCAGCAAGAGGAGUCCAGUUUGUGCUACGCGGGGAGCGCAUUUGUCAUGCGGCGUAGGCAUCAGGAAGGGUUCUAAAAGUCUGUGAUGGAAGGACAUGCAUCACACACAACCCUGGGCCAUGCAAAAUAUGCAUGACAAACCCGCCAACAUUGCAGACCCAGACAUUUUUGCAUUUGAUAGGGAAUCGUCGUGGCGAGCGCGGACCCGUACACUCUGCGCGAUCAGCACGCGGAAGAGCUGUCGCGAUUUUUGCCGCAGUGGUACAGCGACUGGAAGUAUCAAAUGCAAAUAUGUCUUGCGGUCUGGGAAGUUGAUGCGAGACUUGUCAUGCUAGUCUGGCAUGACUCUGAACUCUGUGUUGCACCGUCACCGCGACAAAGAGCUCCUCUUGCCUGUCAUGCAAAGACGCAGUUUCUCAUGCGAAGUACGCAACUCAGAACCACGGAAAAACUUGUCAUGCUUGGCAGCGCAUGAUAAGUAGUUGUGUGCUCACUAGUCCCUUCCUUGCAUCACAAGUUUCCAGACCCAGACAUGGUUGCAUUUGAUAGGAAGUCGGGCGUGCUUUUUGGCACGAAUGGAGCCGGCCCUACGUACACACCGGGCCAGCUCGCCAUGAUGGGCAACCCCGCCACGGCCGGUGCAGCCGCGGCUAUCAAAUGUAAAAAUGUCUGGGUCCUCUGGGAGAUUCCGAGAUUUGUCAUGCUGGUCUGGCAUGACUCUGAGCUCUGUAUUGCGCGGCCGCGAAGAGCCGCUAGUACUCCCUGUCAUGCAAAAACGCAGUUUCUCAUGCAGAAUCACCAACUCAGAACCAUGCAGAAAACUUGUCAUGCUUGGCAGCGCAUUACAGUGAGCUCACUAUUCCCCUCCUUGCAUCACAAAUUUAUUCCAGACCCAGACAUAUUUGCAUUUGAUAGCAGCUACCCUGAUGCGAGCGAACGUCACGUGGAGGGUCGACGACACCUGCGAUCCUGAAGGAGAGGAUAUUUACACCGCUGAACCCAUUGUGGACCUGCUGUUGGUGCUGGACAACACGAACAAAAGCCUGUACUGCUAUGAAAACCACCCGGAGACCCGAUAUCCUGAGUAAAAGCGUACCCACACCAGAGUUGUAAUGCAGAUUUGCAAAGACAGGAAGACUUGUAAUGUGCAUCCCCAUGAGAGCCAUUUCCAAUCGUGUUUUGGAAUUUGUGAUGCUGUGAACAGGAUGAGCAGAUGAAUCUGUGACGCGGCUGCACUUGCUAACCUGCACUACACUGCAGAGCGCAACUUGUCAUGCGUGACUCACAAAACUCCUAGGUUUGUGUUGCAAAAUCCCCAUCCUGACUCUGGUGUGGGUACGUUUUUACUCAGGAUACCCGCAGACGCCUCCUCAACUAUCCGACGGACCCCACACUUGGCCGCGAUUGGUAUGACGUUCGAGGGCGCCUGCACACCAACGCGCUACUGCACGCCGGUCGCUUUUUGGUCCUGCGCGGGCGGGAUCUGUUUAAGCUCAACGGCGCGGGUGGGGAGUAUGGGAGGACUCUCAAAUGUUACAUUCUCAACUGCUACAUGAUUUGUCUUGCAAAUUUGCCACCAAGAUCGCCACCAUUAAGCUGCUUCGCAUGACAAAGCUCCAACGGGGCUAAACAGCAUGUAAAUCUGUGCCAAGUAUCUGUAAUGCAAAAGGCGCAAGCUUCCCCCAUUCAUUUUUGCCGUUCUUGCAUUACAAGUUCAUGUGUGAAGAUGGUGAUGUGCCCGAGUGUGAACAAGAUGGUGAUGGCUUCGGUCCGCCUGACGCCGCGACCCGGUGGCCUGACCAUCUGCGGAAAGGUGCCCUAAUAAAUAUGGGUUACGUUUGUGGCUUCGGUCGGUUUAGGAUUACACAUUCAUGUAACUACAGUUGCGAAUGUAACAUUUGAGUAGAACGCCAUAGGGAGGCGGACGGCGGGAACGACGCGAACGACGCGCCCCAGGUCGAGGCACGGUUUCGACGCGAAGCCAGACCCGAUAUAUCUGACAUGCUAUCGUACGAAAAAAGUGUUUCACUGUAAGGAUUUUGCAGGUUUUGCAUCACAAGUUUGUUCUACAUGACAAGGAAAAUUUGCCAUGCAAGGUUCCUAACGGAAAACACAGCUACAAAUCCACUGUCUUGCAUGUGUAGCAAGACAAGCACUUUAUGAAAUGCAUUUUCUGCAUUACAAGUUUACAGUGAAACAGUUUUUUCUGGCGAUACAUGCCCGCCCAUGUUCAAACCGCAAUCGUUACCGAACUGGUCUCGGGCCAGAUAUGCAUUGCAAAAAUGUCUGGGUCUGGAAGAGUGUAACUUGUCAUGCUACAUCUGGAUCGUGGAAAAAUUUGUGUUGCAUGAUUACCAAAAGAGGUCCACUUCUGAACAAGUUUAGAGGUAGUUUCUGAUGCAGGAAAGGCAUGAUAGAGAUCGCACAGAAGCUGUCAUGUGAGGCCGUGCAUGCCAGACCGCGCGGGUUAUGGAUAACCUGCAUGAUGACAAAGACAAACCUAGCACUCUUUCAGACCCAGACAUUUUUGCAUUUGAUGGCCGAACCGGCUCUACGAGUGGUACCGGCUGUGGAAGUAUCAAAUGUAAAAAUGUCUGGGUCUGGAAGAUUGCCAGGUUUGUCAUGCACGUUUUGCAUGACUCCUGAUAGUUGUACCUGUGAUGCAUGCCCUAGCAUCACAGAUUUUGUGAGGGCUUCCUGAUGCCUAUAGUACCGCAUUACAAAUGCUCUUUCCGUGUAGCAAAACUUGGACUCUCUUUGCUGCUCAUGCAAUACAGAUUUUUUUAGAGUCCAAAAUUAGCAUGACAAGUUGGAUUCUUCCAGACAUCCAGGGAUUUUUACAGUUGAUAGGAAGAUCGCGCACCAACCGCGCGUAUCCUGUGCAAGAGUAUCGUACUCGUACUAAUCGCAGUCAUGCAAGACAAAUUUCUUUUUCAAGCUAAAUCAGCAUGAGAAAUUCCAUUUUUCAUGCUGAGCUAAUUUGUAUUGCAAUACUACGCGUACGAUAGUACUUUUGCAAUGCAUAGCUGUUGCAGCGGGAAGCGGACGCGGACCCUAAUUUCGCGCAACGCUUUCAGGAAAUGAUCGGUCAGUACCCCAUGCCCUUGCCUCCUGCCCCUGCCGGCGGUGGUGGUGGAGAUGGUGGUGGUGGUCCUCCCCCCGGCCAGACCGAGCCUACGCAAGGCAACCCGGCCACGACAGAUCCACAGGCCCGGCUGACCGCCGCCGGCCGAGGGUGGACGGCUCCGGGGUCUUGCGAAGGCGGGGAAGAUAUGCAUUGCAAACAUCGAUCUGGGUGGUCUGGAAGACGAGCCAGACCUGUGAUGCUGCAUUUGGAUCAUGCUAAAAAAAUCUGUAUUGCAUGAGCAGCAAGACGAGGCGCCCAAUUUUUGCUACGCGGAAUGAAGGGCAUUUGACAACAUACGGGGUAGGCAGCAAGAAGCCCUUAUAAACUCUGUGAAGAUGCUAGGGCAUACAUCACAGAUCGAUCAUGGAGCUCAUGCAAAAAAACCUGCAUGACAAACCUUAACCUGGCAAAAAUCUUGCAGACCCAGAUCGAUAUAAUUUGCACUGGAUAGUAGAUCCUGUAAACAUGUUCGCGAUACCCGACUUGCUACUGGUGAUUGACUAUUCGCAACGGAACGCCGGCGGAGAAAGACGCAAGAAGUUGUACUGUUACACCAACUAUCAAAUGCAAAAGUGUCUGGGUCUGGAAGAGUGCAUGUUUGUCAUGCUUGUCUGGCAUGACUCUUAAAUCUCUCAUGCACGUGACCAAAGAGACCCAUUUUGCUGCCAUGCAGAAACGCAGUUUGCCAUGCACAAUAGGCAUCAACACCUAGAAGAAGCUCACAAACUUGCCAUGCUGAGCCAGCACUUGUGGCUUCUUCAUGAUACGCCACCCAGCAUCACAAGUUUCCAGCAGACCCAGACAUUUUUACAAUCCAUACCAACACCGAGGAGCUUCGAGGGUUGUUUGUGAACGGCCGAGCACCGGUCGGCGCCGGGGGCGCGAACCCCCGGGUGUGGAUGGUUCCGGCGUCAAACGAGCCACUUAUCAAAUGUAAAAAUGUCUGGGUCUGGAAGCUUGCCAGGUUUGUCAUGCAUAUUCUGAAAGACUCAUGAUGUCUGUGAUGCAUGCUCUAGCAUGACAGAUUUUUAGAGGCCUUUGUGAUGCCUCUACCGCAUGAGGAAUGCCCUCUCCGUGUAGCACAAACUGGAGUUCUGUUGCUGGUCAUGCAAUGCAAAUUUUUUAGAAUCCAGAGACAGCAUCACAAGUUCCAACCUUCCAGACCCAGACAUUUUUACAUUUGAUACCACUUCAGAAAAGUCAAUACCUUGUCGUGGAAGCGAAGAUAUCAAAAUGAAAAAUCCCCCCUCCCCAUAUUGAAACGGAAAUUUCUGUGGCUGGAUCUGUGUACUUACACAAAUCAGCUCUGUCUUGCAAUGAGGCACUGCAGGCGGCCUCAGCCUGCGUAGGGGCGUUUUUGUGUAGGUGCUUAGGAGCAUAACAGAGGCCUUCGAUGUAGGCGUAACAGCAUGACAAAUCGUCCGCAUAAAGUGGCGGACUCUUUGGAUUUGCCCCCUUGCAAGAGAGGCAGGAUUUGUGGUCACAAAUCAGCAUCACAAAUUUUUCGUGGCAUGCCUUUUCAAUAUGGGGAGGGGGGAUUUUUCCUCUCAAUAGAAGAAGGUGUUCCAGUUGUCGGGACCUGGGGGCGGGCACAGCGGUGACAACAGCCCCGCGGCGGUGGCCGCACGCCUGCGGAACCUCGCACCGAACUCGGGCGUGUGGCAACCAAACCAGGAACAGGACCUGAACGGUGCGAAUUUGCCGGAUGGCCGGGUUUAUGAAAUGCAAAAGCAUCGUACUAGUAUAAAUCGCAUGACAAAUUUUCUCAGCAUGAGAAAGAAAAUUUGUAAUGCGGAUUUAACCUGAGAACGAAAUUUGUAAUGCAUGAAUGCGAUUAGUACGAGUACGAUACUUUUGCACAGGAUAGGGUUUUGGCUGCUCCCGUGCAAGGCGCGGAUGCGGUGCGGGCGGCUAUCGUGAACGACCUCGUGCUACCAAAUGCAAAUAUCGAUCUGGGGCUGGAAGAGUGGAACUUGUAAUGCUGUCUGUGGAUUGUAAAAAUAUCUGUGUUGCAUGAGCAGCAAGAGGAGUCAGCUCUUGGCACGCGGGGAGGGCAUUUCUCAUGCGUAAUUACCAUCAAGAAGCUCUCAAAAAAUCUAUGAUGCUAGCACCGGCAUCACAGACCUCGCGGGUCAUGCAAAAUGUGCAUGACAAGCCCCGACUCUUCCAGACCCAGACAUUUUUACAUUUGAUACGUGCUACCAAACGCAAAUAUAAUCGAUCUGGGUCUGGAAGAUUGAUGCGAGAUUUGUCAUGCAGUUUUAUUCUCCAAGCUUGCUCCACUACGUCUGGAAUGCAGGCGGGGGCCUAGCAUGAUCUUCACAGGAUGAUCUGCCGCCCCUCGGUGAUGCCUGUAGUCCUGGGAAAUUCCCUCUCAGCAUGGCCAGCAGUUGUGGGCACCUUUUGCAACUCACGCGACUACACAGAUGUUUGUAUGAUCCGCAACAUGCGUCACAAGUUCGUCUUCGCAUCCUCCCUGACCCAGAUCGAUAUUUGCAAGGCAUACGUGCUCGAGACGGACAACGCGCUCUUCAAGUGGUAUUACAAUGAAAAAUGCCCCCACUCCCGAACGUGAACGCAUUUGUAUUGCAAACCUUUCCAAAUGAAACAUUCGCCCUCUUUCAUCUAUCAGCAUCACAGGUUUCCAAUCGUGAGUAGCAAAAAUUUGUAUUGCAAAAGGCCCCAGCACGAGCGGCGCUUGUCAUGCAAGCGAUGCGAUACACGCCUAGACUCUGCAUCAGAAAGAUCCAUACUCCUUCCAUGCAUGACAGAAAGUUUUCAUCUGGAAACCUCGCAUCACAAAUUUUGCAAUUUCAGGGGUGGGGGGCACUUUUCACUGCAAUAAGUGGUACCGGGACUUCAAAAUCGUGCAGCAACCUAGAAUCCAGGCGGAGUUUAUCAAAAGGAAAAAUCCCCCCUCCCCAUAUCGAAGUGGAAAUCUGUGAUGCUGGAUUUGGGUACACAAAUCGGAUUUGUCUUGCAGUAAGGCAUCGCAGCCAGAUCCUCGGCCUAGGUAGGGGCGCAUAGGUCUAGUUGCUUAGCAUUGCAAACGGGCGUCCCCUAGGCGCAACAGCAUGCCAAAUCGCUUCCAUAAUGGUGCGGAAGCCUCUGCGCUUGUCUUCUUGCAAGACAGACGUGAUUUGUGACCUCAAAUCAGCAACACAAAUUUUCGGAAACGCACCUUUUCGAUAUGGGGAGGGGGGAUUUUUCCUCAGAAUAGAGUUGGCAAGGGACCCGGAUACUUACAUUGGCGAUGAUGGUGUAACAAGACAAUUUGAACCCGAAAUCGGUCAGCACCCGGUCCCGUUAGCGCCGUAAGUGCGGGGCCGAUCUUCAGUUAUGCAUUGCAAAUGUGUCUGGGGCGUCUGGAUGAAACUUGUUAUGCUAAAAGGGAGUGAGAGGCGCACUGCCAACAUACGGAGCCAAGCAUGACAAAUUUUUGAGCUUCUGUGUGUUGCGUAUUCCGCGUGGAAAACUGCGUUCUUGCAUAACAGGUAAGAGCGCUUUUUCCGAUACCCAUACACGUCACAGAUUCUCGAGGCAUGUCAGACAUGCAUGGCAAAGACAAAUGUAGCAAUCUUUUCCAGACCCCGACAUAUUUGCACUUGAUAUCAGUCGUGUUUCAGUACGUAUUCAGGUGCUCCUUCGAUUCUGCUUCUGCUGUAAUACCGAGCGAGGAAGAUUAUUUGCGGAAGAUGCCGUGGAAAAUGAUCGUAUUUUGAAAGCAAUAACAGUCCUCACGCUCCUCGUUCUACUGGCAAUAAACCUCCUCCUCGUCGAGUAGUGGCUUUAAUCUACGGGCUAGUAGUAAAGGAAAAACAAGUCUCUUCCUUUUAUAUGGAUUUUCUUCUAGUUGCAAAAAUGGUAGUUGUGCCAAUCCCUCCAAUCGUCAUAUAGUAGUGUACGAUCUGCUCUAUUCAUUUUAACACUACAUCAAACAUUCUGUCACUUUGCAUAAAAAAAACCCACAUCAUACAGGAUCAUAUUUUUUCAGUUUUCAUCGAUUUGGCUCCUUUGUGAUCCCAUUUUUCCAGUUCAUUCAUACUUCGGAAGUAGAGCAAUCACUUGACAUAAAAAUUUGUACGAUAGAAGGAAGUACCAACAUUCUGCAUAGAAAAAGAACAACGAGAUGACUAUUAUUUCAUGACUUGUUUAUUUCCUUGUCAUGCUUGUGAAAAAUAGAAAUUGUGGCGCAGAUGAGGGUGGACAAGGACAAGGACAUGAUCUGCUGCUGCACCGACCAUUGGUCGUGCAGAUGAGCGGUACGAAAAUGAAAAAUCCCCCCUCCCCAUAUCGAAACGAAGUUUCUGAUGCUGCAUUUGCGUACACAAAUCAGGUCUGUCUUGCUGGAGAGGACUGCAGGCAUAUGCCCAGCCUGGGUCGAGAGGUUUUGACGUAGGGGACCAGCAUGACAGGUGUCGGCUCUGUAAGCCCAACAGCAUCACAAACCGCCGGCAUAAUGCGGCGGAAUCUCAGGCUUUGCCUUUUUGCAAGACAGACAGGAUUUGUGACCUCAAAUCUGCAUCACAAAUUUUCGGACGAAUGCGAUUGCAAUAUGGGGAGGGGGGAUUUUUCCUCUCAAUAAGCGGGCAUAAUUCUCUUCCCAUCAUCUAUUCGUUGUUUUGACCCUAAACUGUAGUAAGUAUUUUGUUUGGAAAAUAAGAGGACAUUUUGGCCAACGGAUCGAGUACUGAAAUAUUAAACAAGGGGAAGAUGAAGAUGAACAAAAGAUGUAGGUGCGAGACAUGUCAUGUUUGUGUGUAUCUCGAUACCGUUUUCAUCAUCAUCUGCUAACACGAGGACUAGAGCUGCGGAGUAGCUGAUGUCCUUUAUUUAGUACUUACUCGAAGAUAACAACUAAGUACAACUUUUCCUCCAUAUCCAUUUCGAGAUGUAUGAUGUUUUUAUCGUUUUGUUUUGUUUAGUGCCGAUGAAGAAGCUUGCAAGAACGCUUUUUUGUUUUCGCGGCGCAGAAUCAAUGUAGAACUUCUACAGUAGAAGAGGUUCUAUUUCUACAGACAGACCGAACUUCUACCCGGGUUGUAACCAACAGGCUGCUAUCAAAUGUAAAAAUGUCUGGGUCUGGAAGAGUGCCGACUUUUGCCAUGCUGUUUUUGCAUGACACAGAAGGUCUGUCAUGGAAGCCCUAGCAUGACAGAUUUCGAGAAUCUUCCGCAAUGCCCAAUCUGCAUGACAAAUCCCCUAGUAUGGUGACAGGAGAUGGGCACCUUUUGCUGCCUGUGCAUGAGAGAUUUUUGUGUGUUGUGCAAUGCGCAUCACAAGUUGCAUCCUUCCAGACCCAGACAUUUUUGCAUUUGAUAGCUGCUUUCCUUCUGCCUGCGGAUCACGUCAUCUCGCAGUAUCGCGGGACGAGAUCCGAAAGCAGAGAAGCCGGAUCACUCUUGAUUUUGACGUCGUGCGCACGACCUUCUGGCUGGAUGUCUUUAUCAAUGGGAAAAUAAAUGACCUCCUGGCUGGCUGGAUGUGGAUGUCUUAAUCAGCUCUUGGGUCGGAAUUUUGAGCAGUUCGGAAUUUUGAGCAAAAUAAACUUCAGCCCUGAAAAAGUAUUUAUCAAGUCCGUAGAAGAUCGGCGUUCAGCUUCAGCUGCCGUCGGAGUAGCACGCAGCAGUCCGCCAAAGGGCACACUGGUGCCGACAUUAUCAUCAUCCUAGAAAUUUAAUACAAGAAAACGUGUAUGAUGUUGAAGCUCGGGACGAAGUACAGAACUUGCCGUGCUUUUGUAAGAUCGUUUGAGGAACUAUCAUAUUCUCCCCCCCAUUUUUAUCCUAUUCUUGCGAUGUCUUCAAGAUUCACUUUUGAGGAUAAGGAGUUGUUGUGUAUGUAUUGCGAAUACCGCCUAGUGAAAAUUUUUAAAUGCGAGCUGUUAGUUUAAGUCAAUGAAUCUUGUCCACCCUGUUGUGGAGUGAUUUAUUUUUGGUACGAAAAUAAUAAUGCAAGGAAACGAAAACUACACAUGAUGCAACGCAUGAAACAAAUGGCAGCUUCAUUUUUUUUUGUACAUAGAGAUACAUACAACACGCUCCUGAAGACCCCCCUGCAAAGUAGAACACCGAGGCAGCAGCUGCAGCCGCGAGAGUGCAGGUUGCACGAUGCAUGCGAUAGUACUUACCAGGCCGAUUCCCGGUGCUGAUGUCCGUACUAGUUCCAAGCAUCCAAAAACCACAGUGGUGUAAUCUUUUGAUUUAUCAAAAUUUUUAUGCUGCAAUUAGGAAGACCGCAAGAAAUUAU